UCGGCUCUCAUGGGACUGAGGCAUUCGUCGCGGUGUUUGCUGCUGCGGCGGAAGAUGGCGGAGGCGGACAGCUCGGAGGAGCCUGUGACUGCCCCCCUCUCUCAGUCGGCUCAGCCUUCCCCGCUGCCUAAACCAGUGCCUAACACCCACCACAUGCCCUGCGUCCCCCACACGCCUCAUGUAGCAGCCUUGUCCACCUGUCCCGGCAGGGGCAAGAUCGCCAAGUUCAUCAGCCCAGAGGAGAUGACAUCACGGGACUACUACUUUGACUCUUACGCCCACUUUGGCAUCCAUGAGGAGAUGCUGAAAGACGAGGUGCGGACGCUGACCUACCGGAACGCCAUGUACCACAACAAGCACGCGUUCAAGGACAAAAUCGUCCUGGACGUCGGGAGUGGAACGGGGAUCCUCUCCAUGUUCGCCGCCAACGCCGGCGCCAAACACGUGUACGGGAUAGAAUGCUCAAGUAUAUCUGAAUACUCAGAGAAGAUUAUCAAGUCGAAUCACCUGCACAACGUCAUCACCAUCUUCAAGGGCAAGGUGGAGGAGGUGGAGCUCCCCGUGGAGAAGGUGGACAUCAUCAUCUCAGAGUGGAUGGGCUACUGCCUCUUCUACGAGUCCAUGCUCAACACCGUCAUAUUUGCCAGGGACAAGUGGCUGAAACCCGGAGGCCUGAUGUUCCCCGACAGGGCCGCUCUCUACGUGGUCGCCAUCGAAGACAGGCAGUACAAGGACUUCAAGAUUCACUGGUGGGAAAACGUGUACGGAUUUGACAUGAGCUGCAUUCGUAACGUGGCCAUCAGAGAGCCUCUGGUGGAUGUGGUAGAUACCAAGCAGCUGGUGACCAACGCCUGCCUCCUGAAGGAAGUGGACAUCUACACCGUGAAGCCAGAGGACCUGUCCUUCACCUCAGCCUUCUGUCUGCAGAUCCAACGCAAUGAUUACGUCCACGCCCUGGUCACCUACUUCAACAUCGAGUUCACCAAGUGUCACAAGAAGACGGGAUUCUCCACCGCUCCAGAUGCUCCCAGCACUCACUGGAAGCAGACUGUGUUUUACUUGGAGGACUACUUAACUGUCAAGAAAGGAGAGGAGAUCUUUGGCAGCAUCACCGUCCGGCCCAAUGAGAAGAAUGUGCGGGACCUGGAGUUCACCCUCGAGCUGGACUUUAAAGGACAGCUCUGCGAGGCCGCCCUCUCCCACGACUACAAAAUGCGUUAGGAGCAACCCGACGACAGCAGCGGUGGCGGCGCUCUGGCGUGGACGUUCCCGCGGCCCCUCUGGAACACAUCUGGAGAGGGGGGGGAGGGGCACAGGCUCCCAGCUGGCUAACGAGGGUGACCCCAGACAAAUCUGAUUGGAUGCCACUAUGCCAGCAACUAAGCAAUGUCAUCAGAGUAGGCAAGUCUUCUUAUCAGCAAUAGUUCCAUCACGCGAACCAACUCGAUCGACCCGGGCACAUCGUUGAAUGUAACCUCUGAAAAUAACUUGAUUCUUUUUUCUCGACUUUUAAUGUUUUGGAUUAUAAAAUUAAAUAAAGCAUUUAAGAGUCUUUAUAUUGUUAGUGCAGCUAAUUGGAAAGUAUUGCUCUGUUUGAUGUUGAAAGGGUAGGAGCAAAGUCAUUACCUAUUUUUACUUAAGUUGUUGUCAAAACUGAUGAUUUGUGUGUAAUUGUAUUGAAGGAACAGUGAUUUUUUUUAUGUUUCAUUAUUUAUUCGCAUGUGAUUUUUUUGUUUUGUUGCUUUAUUGACUUCAGGAAGAUGAACUUUAAUUCAUUUAUUUCUUUUCAUCGAGGAAAAUGAUUCAGAACAACUGUACUUUGGUGCCAGAAUAAAACAGAACAACGUCUCCGGGCAGGAACCAACACACAGACGCAACCCGUCAUGAACCGCUUUGUGUCGGAAAGAACGUGAACAAAGAAACUGAUGAAUAAAAUGACAAAGAAUC